AUGGCGCCACAGCUUCCAACCCGCAAGCUCGGCAAGAAUGGCCCAGAAGUGACAGCCCUCGGCUUCGGCCUAAUGGGUCUCUCAGCAUUUUACGGCAAACCCAAGCCCGACGAAGAACGAUACGCCUUCCUCGAUCACGUGUACGAGUCUGGAGAACGUUUCUGGGACACUGCAGACAUGUAUGGAGACAACGAAGAUCUGCUCGGUCGUUGGUUCAAGAAGAACCCUGGUCGGCGGGAGGAGAUCUUCCUUUGCACAAAGUUCGCCAACUAUGUCGACCCCAAGACUGGAGAGAGAUCCGUGAGGAACGAGCCCGACUAUAUCAGACAGGCUGUCGACAAGUCCUUGAGCCGGCUGGGUGUUGAUCAGAUUGAUUUGUACUACUGCCACAGAGUGCAAGCCGAUCAACCUAUCGAGAUCACAGUCAAGGUCAUGAAGGAGUUGCAAGAUGCCGGCAAGGUCAAGUACCUGGGCCUGAGCGAGUGCAGUGCAGAAACUCUCAAGAGGGCUUGCAAGGUCGUGCACAUCGAUGCUGUGCAAAUCGAGUACAGUCCGUUCUCGAUGGACAUUGAGAGCCCACAGAUCAAUCUCCUCAAGACAUGUCGAGAGCUGGGCGUUGCCGUCGUCGCAUACUCACCGCUCGGCCGAGGCUUUUUGACCGGCAGCAUCCGGAGCCGGAGUGAUUUCGAAGAAGGCGACUUCCGCACAUUUGCACCCAGAUUCAGCGAGGAGAACUUCCCCAAGAACUUGAAACUGGUGGACGACUUGAAGGCCUUGGCCGAUGAGAAGGGCUGCACGGCAGGCCAACUUGUGCUGGCUUUCCUGAUGGCCCAGGGUGACGAUAUCAUCCCCAUCCCCGGCACAACCAAGGUGAAGAACUUUGACGAAAACAUGGGUGCUUUGAACAUCAAGAUAUCGAGGGAAGACAACGAGAAAAUCAGAAAGGUGAUUGACGCGGCCGAGGUUCAUGGUGGUCGGUAUCCCGAGGCAUUUGCAAAGGCCUUGUUCGUGGACACCGUCCCACUGAAGGAGUAG